AUGGCUGAGAUUCUCGGUGUUGCCUCUAGCAUUGCUGGUUUGGUAUCGCUAGCUGAUACGGUUGUUCGACUAGGUUACAAAUACAUCAGAGAUGUCAAAGAUGCUGAACAAUCUGUCCAAAAUCUCGUUAAAGAAGUCAACAAUCUUUCCGGCGUGCUUCACAGUCUCGAAAAUGUGGCACAGGCACUAGAAGCGCAAGAUACUUCGGUGCAUGGCUCCAGCAAGAUAAAGCAUCUAUAUUCUUGUCAAAAAACCCUGGAGAAAAUGUCAGACCAAUUGCAGAAAGCUAUACCGGAAGUAAAGUCAACAUUUCAGAAGUUGAAGUGGCCAUUUAAGAAGACGGUAACUUCAGAGUUGUUGGAAGAGAUUCAAAGUCACAAAAUUACCAUGAAUUUAGCUUUAAACACUCAACAAAUGUCUGCCUUGAUUGAGAUACUUGCCAACCAAGAACAACUUAUUAAAGGCGUCACUGCCAUAAACGACAGGAUAGAGGCUUCCCGAAUAGAACGGCAAAGAUUGGCUGCGGACGAAAGAUUAAGGAAGAAGCUCAAUCUUCUAGGUACCAUUGAUGUCAUGAAAUGGCAAAAUUCAAACAUUAGAUUGAGACAACCAGGAACAGGCGUCUGGUUCACCGAGAGCAAGGACUUCAAGGAUUGGGCAUCUGCAGACAAUUCAAAGUUAUGGAUCUAUGGAAUACCCGGAGCCGGGAAAACGAUUCUGAUGGCAUCUGCUAUAGAAGAGAUUGAAAAACUUCAGGAUUCAUCUCAUGGACUUGCAAUGUUCUAUUGUGAUUAUAAGGAUACUCAGACCCACGAUCCACGGACCAUUCUGGGGGCUUUGGCGCGACAACUGAUUCUUCAGCAUGAACAUGCUUUUACGCAACUGGAAGCUUUCUGCGAGAAGCACUACAUGACGGAAAACACUCAAGGCUCGGCCACUACUGGAGACUUUUGCGAAUUUAUCGUCGAAUUAUCAAGGAAUUUCUCCACUACCAGUAUCGUAGUAGAUGGCCUAGAUGAGAUUGCUGAAGAUCGCGCAGAGGUCACAAGACUUUUGAAAUCCUUGAACAAGCCAUCAGGAACAAUCAAAACCCUCUUGGCGAGUCGCAAUGAGGUGGAUAUCCGAAUUGUAUUGGAAGAUUGUCCCAGUGCUUCCAUUGCGGCAGAAAGUGGUGACUUGCGACUUUAUGUGCAAUCUGAGAUAAAGAAGCGAACGAAACUAGGCAAGCUCCGUAUUAGAGACGGUAACCUAAAAGACCAUAUUGCCAAAGUACUUACAGAAGGCUCUGAUGGCAUGUUUCGGUGGGUUGCAUGUCAAAUGGACUACCUUUGCGAAUGCAGUACGGAUCGAGAUCGCCGUGAGGCCUUGCGCAAAUUACCCCCAGAUCUGCCCAAAUCAUAUGAACGUAUUCUUGAAAGGGUCAAUCGAAGCAGUAAAGAGAAUCAAACCCUUGUCAGGCAUACACUCCUUUGGGUGGUAUACGCCGAAGAGCCGCUAACGAUAACACAACUGCUCCAAGCACUUGCAGUAAGACCUGGUGACGAGACUUUCGAGAAGGAAAACAUGACUACAUUGGAAGAACUCCUCAACUGGUGUAGUAGUCUCAUACGCCAAAAGUCUCAAUCGGAUGAGCUAGAGCUUGCGCACUUCACAGUGAAAGAAUACCUCCUUAGCCUUUCUGAAGAAUGUGGUCCAGCGAUUUCACAAUACAGACUUUCUGGGGAUCAUGCCGAGAUUGUGAGAAUGUGUUAUGACUUCUUAAGUCUUUCGGAAUUCGAUGGAAUACCGCUACCAGUGACGAAUUUCGGGCAGGAGUUGACAGAUUUUAAUAAAGCCUGGAAGGAAUUCGAGGACAACUACUCGUUCAUGAAAUAUGUUCUUAAUUUUUGGCUGGUUCAUGUUCACCAGAGUACAUGGAGCGAAAUUUCAAAUUAUGUGUUACCUCUUUUUGAUGAAACGAGAAGCAGUUACAGAUUGUGGACAUUUGGCUACUAUCAUUACACAAUAUUAUGUUAUCCCAGACGCUCUGUGUUGUUAACUUUAGAUGGCUUUCUACCAGCAGAUCACUUAAAUUGUGUGAUGGGGUUAUCAAGACCUUCUACCCUUCACUGGGCUGCUACGAUUGCUUUGCCUGAUCUUUGCACCGCGCUCAUCGAUCGUGGAGCUGAUUUAAAUGCGCCAAGCGUUAUUGGCAGUCCACUUGAGUGUGCGAUACUAUGCAAUAACGCCAUAGCUGAGACCUCACAUCUAUUAGCUGAGACGCGACUUCUGUUUUCUGAAAGUUGGCGAUGGAAAUCAAGAAAGAAGGUUAUCAAACAUUUGAUCGUGGCCGGUGCAAGUCUCGACAAUGUCGAUGUCAUAGGACUCCUCUAUCGACACUCAGAUACAUUUAAAUUUCAUAAUGACGAGUCGGAUGCUGAUCUUUUCCGACUCAUAUUUGACAAGAAUCCGACUUUUUCCGUUGAAAGUCUUUCUGCAUUUCUUAAACACGCUCUUCUGGGAAGACGCUCACAUGAGCCUUACGCAAAUGAAAUCAAAACUUAUAAUAAUGCUUGCUUAUUUGUUGAAUUCCUAACAUGGGGAACACGAACGAAUUUCGUCCAUUUCGCACCGGAUACAUUGCUGUUAUUUCUUGCAAUCAUUAAUGAUGAUCUAGCAGUUUCAGAUUAUUUGCCGUCAAGUCUGGAAUUUUUCCUUCAUAUUGAUUUUCUUGGAAUAUCACGAAAUGACAGAACAGACACAAAUCCUAUCUCAGAAGAGCAUACUGAGCAUUGGAUAACAAAAAUGAGCACCUUGAUAUUGGAGUUCAUACAAAAUUCAAGAGUAAAUUAUUUGGAGUGCCUUGGAAGGGUAGUCUCAAAGGUAUUUUGCGUUCUAUAUUUGGACGAAGUGUUUCGUUUCAUCGUUAGAUUGAGGAAAUACAAUAUUGUGCUGGAUUUUAACUCGCGGAACAAAGCAGGCAACGCGAUUCUUCAUGAAUACAUGGAAAGCAUAAGACAGGAAUGCUAUUGGUAUCAGGUGCAUCGAGUAACCUUGAUAGCCGUUUUAAAAUUUCAGGCGAAUUUGACCAUCUCAAACAAUUUAAAUAUCAGUCCAAUAGAGUUACUGAUAUCUCGAACCAAAUCUGAUUCGGAUGAGAUGUUGUCGAUUCUCAAAAUAUGA